AUGGCACAACCAACAACUCGCCGCGCCGGCCGUCGAACAGACGACCACACCCCAGGAACGCCCAAAGUCAAGAUCGUCGAAGAAAAGAUCCAAUACCCACUCGAAACCCUCUCCGUCCUCAUCGCCGUGAAAGCAGUCUCCUUAAACUACCGCGACGCCAACAUCGCCAACGGCGGAAACCCCUGGCCCGUGACCCCCAACGGCAUCCUCUGCAACGACGCCGCAGGCGAAGUCAUCGCGAUCGGAUCUGGAGUCACCGAGUUCCAAGUCGGCGAUCGCGCGGCUCCCAUCAACGACACGGAGAACUUGACCGGGCGGGAGGUGAAGCGCAGUUGGCUGGCGGCGGACGAGGAUGGGGUUCUGGCGGAUUACAUCGUGUUUGAUCAGAGGAAGUUGACGAGGUUGCCGGAGUAUCUGCCCUGGGAGGAGGCUUGUAUUGUGCCUUGCGCGGGGGUCACGGCGUGGAGUGCCCUGAAGGGGUUGUCGAUUGGGCAGAGUGUGUUGAUUCAAGGAACCGGCGGCGUCGCCAUGUUCGGCCUCAAACUCGCCCGCGCCGCCGGCUACCGCGUCAUCGUCUCCUCCUCCAGCGACAAGAAACUGCAAUCCCUCGUGCAGAAAUUCCCCGGGAACGAGCCCAUCCUCACCGUCAACUACGCUAGUAACCCCAACUGGCACGAGGAAGUCCUGCGCCUCACGGACGGCGUGGGUGUGGACUUCGUCCUGGAGAACGGCGGCCAGCAGACCAUCGUCAAGAGUUUGCGGUGCACGCGACGCGGCGGGACGGUUAGUGUUGUGGGGUAUUUGAGUGAGAGGCAGGGGUGGGCGGAGUUGGAGGGGUUGUUGCCGACGUUGAUUGAUCGGAGGGUGAAUUUGAGGGGCAUUAACUGCGGCUCGAGAAUGGAUCAGCAGGAUCUUGUGGCUGCGCUGGAGGCGACAAAGAUCCGGUUCGAUGAUAUUAUCGAUUCGACGUAUGCGCUGGACGAUGCGGAUGAGGCGUUGCAGUAUCUGUGGGAGGGGAAGCAGGUUGGGAAGAUUGUUAUUAAGAUUUGA